AUGUCGAAGCCCGUCUACACCCUUGCCGAGGGCCAACCCCUGCCCAACCCCUCCGUCAGCACCACCCUGCCGACCUUUGGCGGCGGUGCCAUCACCACCUUGGGUGAUACCUUGCUGAUCGAGACGUUGACCCAUUUCAACCGGGAGCGGAUUCCGGAGAGAGUUGUUCACGCCAAGGGUAAUGGUGCCUGGGGUGAAUUCCGCGUCACCAAGGACAUCUCCCACCUCACCCACGCCAAGUUCCUCAACGGAGUUGGCAAGACCACCAAGGUGCUUUUCCGCGCCAGUACCACCGGUGGUGAGAAGGGUAGCGCAGAUACCGUGCGUGAUGUGCACGGCUUCUCCGUCAAGUUCUUCACCGAGGAGGGCAACCACGACAUUGUCGGCAACCAUGUGCCCGUCUUCUUCGUUCGUGACCCCGUUCGCUUCCCCUCCCUGAACCGGAGUCACAAGAGGCACCCUACCACCGGUCUUCCCGACAUGAACAUGUACUGGGAUUUCCACAGCAACCAACCUGAGAGUGUCCACACCCUGAUGCACGUCUUCGGCUCCCGCGGUCUGCCCCAGUCCGCACGCCGCAUGACCGGCUUCGGUAUUCACACCUUCAAGCUGGUGGGUCACGACGGCAAAUUCCGCUACUGCAAGUUCCACUUCAGACCUGUGCUGGGCUCCCACAACUUCACCCCCGAGGAGGCCACUCGCAUGGCUGGUGUCAACCCCGACUUCCACAACGAGGACCUCUUCCAGGCCAUCCUGCGCGGUGACUACCCCAAGUGGAAGUUCUACAUCCAGGUUAUGGAGCCCGAGCAGGCUGAGACCUACGGCCGCGCCGUCUUUGAUAUCACCAAGGUGUGGCCGCACAAGGACUUCCCUCUGAUCGAGGUCGGCGAGAUGACUCUCAACCGCAACCCCGAAAAUUUCUUCGCCGAGAUCGAGCAGGCCGCUUUCUCGCCCUCCAACCUAGUGCCGGGUAUCGCCGUGACCCCUGAUCCUAUGCUCCAAGCGCGUAUGUUCGCCUACCCCGAUGCCCAGCGCUACCGUCUGGGAGUCAAUUACACGCAGCUGCCGCCCAACCGGGCCAUUUGCCCCGUGUAUGCGCCCUACGAGCGUGACGGUCUGGCCACCAUGGGCCGCAACUACGGUGGCGACCCGAACUACAUCAAGAGCACCCUGACCCCUGGCGUGUUCAGCCAGUCGGUGCAGGAGGUGCGCCACCACGAGUGGCUGCGCUCCGGCGCGGUGCUGGGUCUCAACGAGAUCCCCGUGGACGACGAGGACUUUGUGCAGCCCCGUGCCUUGUGGAACAACGUGUUCGAUGAGGCGGAGCGCAGCCUCUGGGUGAACAACGUGGCGGAAGCCUUGGAGGGAGUGGUGCCGGAGAUCCAAAAGGCCACCAUUGCCAUGUUCAGCCGGGUGGAGCCACAGAUCGGCCAGAGAUUGGAGGCUAAGCUGAAGAGCUCCUCCCGGUUGUAAAUGGACAGCGGGAGCUUAUAGAUUAUAGAUACAUAACGAUAGACGAUAGACAAUAUAGAG